CCGGUCCAACCGUACACUAUCAGGAUGCGGGUCUGGUGUGUGGUGUAUCUGUUAACCUUGAAACAGUGUACCGGUAUAAACACCCUGGAUUCAAACCAACCCGUCCAACUUCUCCCUCUACCCGGAGAACUGCAUGGAUCAGAUGAACCCAACCCGAGAUACAGAAUACCAACCCAAGGUCCAGUAUCCUCACAACCUGAAGAAUCAAGUUCAUCCGAACCUGAACCCACCUCUCCGCAAUCAGUUUUCCGGAGUAAAUCAAGCUUUCCCAACCCUUCCUCUUCCCAGUAUCUAUCCCAAAAUAAUCCCAACACAUCUCCCACCAAAACUUUCUUUUAUAGUAAUUCCAAUCCAAAUUCCAUCAAAUCAAUUCCAACCAACAACAACCCAAAUUCAUCAGUUUCCCAAACCACAUUUCUGAACAUUCCCAAUCCUUUUAUUUUCCAGAACAGUUCAAGUACAAUCUCCUCCAAACUCCCAACUUCUUUUGAACCUGAAACUGAAGAUAUUUUGGAAACUGAGGAGUUUAUUUCAGUCCCCCCUAGCUCUCCUGGAGAAGAUAAUAUAAACUCCGGGACUGAUCUUCCAUCUGAUGAGGAUAUUCAGCUCACAACUCUAGCUACAGACCUGGAGAUCAUCCUGGAUACAGUUUUUACAAAUUCGUCCUACUCCGGCUCCCAGGAAACCCAAAGAAUAGGAGGAUACGAUUCUCUCAGAUCAAGAGAAAAUCAGGGUAAAGUUAUUUCGCUGGAAACCAUUCUGGCGAGGCUUGAAGAGAAAGAGGAGAAGGAUGAGAUUUCAAAGUUUAAAAAUUUUCCUUUAAUUGAAACAAGAAAACAGUAUUCAAAGGAAAACGUUCCUAAACAGGUUGAGGUACAGCGUAAAUAUGUAUUUAAUCCUAAAGAUCCCUCAACACUUGCUACACCUGGACAUCAUCAUCAGAAGAAUUUGUUUAAUCAGUCCAUCAAGGAUAAAAAUCAGCCAGAGAUUAGAAGAAAUCAGUCAGUUGUAAAUCCUUAUCAGUCGUCUCCAAGACAAAAUCAACUCAGAAGAAACAAUGAUCAAAUAUUUUAUCAGAAAAAGAACAGAAAACAGUUUGAGGAUGAAAACAAAUCUCAUAAUCCGGAUUUCUCUGAGACAAGCUCUGAACCUGGAAUCAAGUCUGAAACCGAGUUGAGUCGACAGGAUAAAUUAAGUUCUCCUGGUGCACAAAUACACACGGAGAACCUUGGCACUCAACCCUACCCUUAUACAAAAGAAGGUUUAGGAGAACCAAGGAUCAGGACGCACAGUGCUCAGGGUGCAAGGACGGAUACAGUUAGGAGAAGAGCGGAGCUAAGAGAACCUAAUCUUGAAUAUACCAAAACGGAAGAUUUAAACAGUGAAAGAAAAGAUAUUUUUCCAAACAAAGAACUAAAUCCCGUCUUAAGAGAGGAUACAUUCUCACAACAAAGUAAAAAUAGUAAUCCAGAAUCUGGAGCUGGAUUAAAUCAAGAUGGCGUUACUGCAGAAUUCUUGGAAGACUGGAAAGAAAGGGAAGAACACGUGUUUAAACCGGAAGUAAAAGAACCGGAAAAGGAAAAUUUAAGCCGUCCGGAAAUCAGUUCCGCAGAAGAAACACUUAGGUUAGUCAAUGGACAACAAGCUAACAAUCCUGAGGACCGUGGAGAAAGAUUGCCGCGUAAAAUUGCGAGCUUUUCAAAAUCUAAUAUAAAAAAUAAUCCACCAAGAUUGGAUGGAAAAUAUGAUUUUAGUUUUACAUCCGAAGAUGGGUCAUCUCGGCAGGAAUCUGGUUCCAUGGGUCCAGGGGACUCUAUAGGAAUGCAGGGAAGUUACAGUUACCUGAGUCCUGAAGGAGAAGUAAUCUCUGUAACAUAUACAGCAGACGAUACAGGUUUCCAUCCGUCUGGAUCUCAUUUCCCUGUAGCGCCCCCUCUACCUCCUCAUGUUAAGAGACUUCUAGAUCAUUUGAAGAAAGUAAAUAGUUAAAAUACAUGGAUAUAUUUUGUCA